AUGUCCAAUAACCAAGCAUUCUCAAAUAGCCAGGCAUCAUUGGAUCAGGGUUCACAGCUCGCAACACUCAUCGCGCAGGUCGGUUCGAACCGAAAGCCACUACCUCGCCACAAUAACGAGGUUGAGAAUUAUCUUGAGAGUGAGAGAGAAACGGCGGAUGAAGAGAAGGAUGUCCAGCAUCCACAAGAAAACCUUGAUCCUAUCAGCGAUGACGAGGAGAAUCCACGGAUUGAAUCUAGGGAAGUUGAAAUCAAUGCACAUGUGGCUACUGGGCUAAAUUCUGGCCGGGAGCAGUUGGAUCUUUUACAGGGUUCUUCUAGCGAGGGAGAAGAGGUUUUAGGAAUUACCAGAGAAUCGGGUGAUGAUGAUGAUGGUGAGCAUCCUUUACCAAGGGAUCACUCCCUAAAGCGCUCAUCAGGGAGAGACGUCCAGGUGGGCGGACGGGGGCCCCUCGGCCCGCCCACUGGACACCAAAAAGGUGUCCAAACCCGCCCAUGGACCGGUUUGGACAUGUCCAUCGAUGGGUCAAUUGGACUUUGGCGAGGUCUACCCCCAUGGGAUAGGGCUCUGAACCCUCCAACGAGUGUACGAGAUGCGACUACGGACGACGUCGACUUUGACCCGUCACACCCUCAAAGCAAUACCCAUGUGCAACGUCUGCCUCGCGCCUCAUCUCAGGUCAGCAAUGUCACCGUUAACGGACAGCUCACUGAAUUCCAAGCCUCGGGGGACGCCGUUCCGGAGGCCACCCCAAAACCGCGGCAAAUACGAAUGACUUAUGUAGCGGAGAUACUACUCGGAUUAUUUGUUCCCUGGGGCCAGUUACCAGCGCUUUUUCAACAGCACGCUAACGAUGUGCCGACGAAGCGCGAUGCCUGCUCCCACAUAUGGAAAAUUGUAGAGCUGACGCUCACCCCGCAUAUUCGAGGAUUUGCAGCAAAUAUUGAGCUCCUGCGGCAGUCUAGGGAAGACAGUCUAGCUGGUGCGAAACUUCAUGAAGCGCCAGUUCGCGUUGAUAGUUCAUUUGACCGUGAUAUUGAUGAGCUCAGAAUAGACAACUUUGACUCCGAUGCUGACGAUUGCCUUGCGGACCUGGAUGAAGUAUUAGCAUCGAGAGUCUGA